UGUCGUGUCGAUAACUGUUUUGUCUCGCAGACGCUCGCGCAUAUUUAAUCAAAAAAAUCAAGUUAAACGUGUUAACUUAAAGAUCAAAGAAAAGAGGCAACGAAACAAAAAAAUCUCCAAUUAUCGUAAAAAGAGACAUUUUUUCUUAAAGGGUUAUUGAUGAAUAAUGUCAACAAGAAAAAAUUCGUAAAAAAAAUUUUUUUUUCGUGUCUUAUCAGUUGACUUGAUCGCCGCGCGGUUUCAUUGAUGAGUUGCCUCUAGUCAAAAAUAGAGUAGGACUGAGAAAUAGUGAAAUUUGAAAAAAAUUAUUUUUUUUUUAAAUUUAAUCGAGGAGUUGGAAUUAAAUAGCAACCAUGAGAAAUGCGGACUAUGUUCCAAUUCCACAAGGGGAGGCUCAGCCACGCCCAACUAACACAAUGGGUGCCAUGUUCCGCAGCGAGGAAAUGGCUUUAUGCCAAAUGUUCAUCCAGCCCGAAGCUGCUUACACGUCACUUUCGGAGCUCGGCGAAAUCGGAGCUGUUCAAUUUCGUGACUUAAAUCCCGAAGUGAACGCCUUUCAACGGAAAUUCGUCAGCGAAGUGCGUCGUUGCGACGAAAUGGAACGCAAACUGCGCUACGUGGAAACGGAAAUGAAGAAAGAUUCCGUCAACUGCCCCGAUGUCGGCGAAGAUGACAUUCCCCGUGCCCCAAACCCGCGCGAAAUCAUCGAUCUCGAAGCGCAUCUCGAGAAAACCGAGAACGAGAUCCUAGAAUUGUCGCAGAACGCGAUUAAUCUGAAAUCGAACUAUUUGGAGCUCACGGAGUUGCGAAACGUACUCGAGCGUACGCAUAAUUUCUUCUCCGAACACGAAAAUGCCGUCAGUUUGGAGGCAUUUUCGAACAACGAGGCGGAGCAAGGAGCUCAGCAGAUCCGGGGGCGUCUCGGUUUCGUCGCUGGCGUCAUUCAACGUGACAAAGUGCCCGGAUUUGAGCGUAUGUUGUGGCGAAUUUCGCGUGGAAACGUCUUUUUGCGUCAAGCGGAGCUGGAUGAACCCUUGGAAGACCCCCAAACGGGCAACGAACUCUACAAAACGGUUUUUGUGGCAUUUUUCCAAGGUGAGCAGCUCAAAUCGCGCAUCAAGAAGGUCUGCAGUGGGUAUCAUGCCUCGUUGUAUCCGUGCCCCAACACUUAUGACGAGCGCGAAAACAUGCUGAAGGGCGUUCGGGUCCGUUUGGAAGACCUCAUGAUGGUUUUGAACCAAACCAAGGACCAUCGCCAGAGAGUUUUGGUGAGCGUUUCGAAGGAUUUGCCUCGUUGGCGCAUCAUGGUGAAGAAAAUGAAGGCAAUUUAUCACACGCUGAACCUUUUUAACAUGGAUGUCUCCAAAAAAUGUCUCAUCGGGGAGUGUUGGGUGUCCGUUGCUGACUUGCCAGCAGUUCAAAAAGCCUUAUCCGAUGGCUCGGCUGCCGUUGGAAGUACAAUUCCUUCGUUUUUGAACGUAAUUGAGACGAACGAGGCUCCGCCGACUUUCAACCGAACAAACCGCUUCACGCGCGGCUUCCAAAAUUUGAUCGACGCUUACGGAAUCGCGUCUUAUCGUGAAGCUAACCCGGCUUUAUACACAAUUAUCACGUUCCCCUUCUUGUUUGGCAUCAUGUUCGGCGAUUUGGGUCACGGAUUUAUCCUCACUUUGUUCGGUUUGUGGAUGGUGGUUUACGAGCGUCGUUUAGGCGCGAAAAAAACCACCAACGAGAUCUGGAAUAUCUUUUUUGGCGGGCGUUACAUCAUUUUGCUCAUGGGAUUGUUCUCGAUGUACACCGGAUUUGUCUACAACGACAUCUUUUCGAAAACGAUGAACAUUUUUGGGACGCGUUGGCGCAUAACCUACAACGAAUCCACGAUUUUGCACAGCAAGGAACUCCAACUGAACCCCGCUUCGGACGAUUUAAUCGACGAUCCCUACCCAAUUGGGGUUGAUCCGGCAUGGGCACUUGCUACCAACAAAAUUAUCUUCCUCAACUCGUUCAAGAUGAAACUUUCGAUCAUUUUUGGCGUCGUUCAUAUGAUUUUCGGCGUGUGCAUGAGUGUCGUGAAUUACCGCCAUUUCCGCAGGAAUUACAGUAUUUUCUUGGAAUUUUUGCCGCAAAUUAUUUUCCUUGUCUUGCUCUUUGCUUAUAUGGUCUUCAUGAUGUUCGCGAAAUGGGUUUGGUAUGGACCGAAAAUGACAGAAUCUGCGUAUACGCCUGCUUGUGCGCCCUCUGUGCUGAUCUUGUUCAUUAACAUGAUGUUGUUUAAGGAAGCGACGGUGUUGCCAAAUUGCAAGGAAUUCAUGUUCGAUUGGCAGGGAACGUUGCAGAUGACUUUUGUGUUUAUUGCCUUGGCUUGUAUUCCGUGGAUGUUGUUGGGUAAGCCUUUGUAUAUCAUGUCGCAGAGGAAGAAGCAAGCAAAGGGUCAUGGCUACAACGGUGACAUCAACCAAGGCAUGGAAAUGACUCCCGAGAAUCCCGAAGCACCCGCCAAUGGUCACGCUAAUGAAGGCGGCGCUCAUGGAGGUCACGACGACGAGCCACUCAGCGAAAUUUUCAUCCAUCAAGCCAUCCAUACGAUUGAAUAUGUGCUCAGUACUGUCUCUCACACCGCUUCCUACCUGCGUUUGUGGGCUUUGUCCUUGGCUCAUGCUCAAUUAUCUGAAGUAUUAUGGAACAUGGUGCUCCAAAUUGGCUUGAAACAAACCGAAUAUUCGGGAGCUGUCAUGUUAGUCAUCACUUUUUGCUUCUGGGCUUUGUUCACUUUGGCUAUUUUGGUCAUGAUGGAAGGAUUAUCAGCCUUCUUGCAUACUUUGCGUCUUCAUUGGGUCGAAUUCAUGAGCAAAUUCUACGAAGGUCUUGGAUACGUCUUCCAACCGUACUCGUUCAAGGCCAUUCUCGAUGGAGAAGAUACCGAGGAGACCAAAUAAGUGUCUCAAACAGUAUUUUAACAACGCGCGACUGCGUUAUUUUCGUUUAUUUCUGUUUUAAAAUCAUUAUUUACCCCCAGUUUUAUCGUAGUUGCGUGUUUUUAUGUUCACAGUAGUCAGAGAAACGUUAAAAACUUAUUACAUUGUAACCGUUACUUUCUUUGUUGAAACCGAUUUAUUGAAAAAAUAAAGUUUAACCGAACCGAAA